UGAACAGUGAAACUGGUUAGACCAAAUAAUACUGUUUACUAAGGCAAGUGUCAUAGCAGCAGUCACAAUCAGUCUGUCUUUGUGUAUCAUCAGUCUCACAAAACAAGAAUAUCCAGGCCAGUUUUAUCUGAGGAAAAAGGAUGCAAGUUAAGGAAAACACUUUUACGCGUAUGACUUCAAAGGCAAAACUUAGAAAAUCAAAUAUUUUGCUGUAUAUUGACACAAAGCAAAAGAAUCACAAAGAAGACAUUGACCUUCAGUCGAAACUGGAACAAAUUCACAGGAAAUACAAACUGGAUCUCAAACUGCUUCAUCAAGACAGAGAAUGUCUACUGAGAGAACACAAAAAGUUACUGCAUUUAAGAGUCUGUGAACCUCGUGCAACUGUUACUAACACAAUGAGAGCCAUAUCAACAAGAAGGAUGACAAAAAGCGAUCUUCAGUAUGUUCGGCUUCCAAACUCAGCCCCAGCAGGCAGGAGGAUGUUUUCAGGUAAAGCAUUUUCAAAUCAAAGUGAACAGCUGCUAGGAACAAGGCUCCUGAAAUCAGCCAUGUCUGCUCGGCCAAAGACUUCUGAAUCGAAACAGUUGUCCAUCCUGUAUCUAAAAGACUUGGCCUUAAUCGAUAGCAUUUCCCAGAAAGAGCUGGAAAUCCAAGAAGAACAGAAAAGGCAAAAGAUGGAAAGUCAGAAACAACUGUACAGAGAAAAACUGCAACUUAAAAUGCAGAUUUUCUUCAGCAAGUUAGAAACAAUUUAACCACACAUAUAUAAACACUAAUAUACUAUAUCAUGUAAGAGCCAAAUGUGUUUUUUCCUGCCCUUUUGUUUGUAGGUUAACAUUAGUCAUAUGAAUA